CGGUGGCCGGGCGGGCGCUGAGCGUGUCCCUUUUCCCUCCGGUGACAGCCAUGGUGGCCUCGGCGGCGCAGCUGGCGCAGGGCCGGGUGCCCCUGGAGCAGAGGGACUUCUGCGGCCACCACCUGCUGCGGCUGCUGCGCUGCCACCGCGACAACUUCCCCGUGCCAUGGGGCUGCCACGCGCUGCACCACGCCUGGGACAGCUGCCAGCACCACGACUACGUCACCCGCAUGAAGGAGUUCGAGCGCGAGCGGCGCCUGCGGCAGCGCCAGAAGAGAAUCCGGCAGCGCCACGGGGACAGCGAGUGACACCCGGGAACACCCGGGGACACCACGGGGACGGGGACAUGAGGCCACCCCGUGCAAUAAAGCUGCCGAGUGUCACCGUG